AUGGUUCUCUUUGGCAAGAAAAGGAGUGAUGAAUGGCAUCAUCAAAUCGACUUCACAGCCUCCCUCCUUCGGCCAAACGACAAAACAUUUCCAUACUCUUUAAUCAAGAAACAUACCGACUACUAUCUCAAGAAGAAGGGAAAAUUCAAUCAACAAGACACGGAUAUCCGGCUCGCACUCUUGAUUGAAAGUCAUGAAGCAAGGGAUGUGGCGAUUGCAGCAUGUGCUCAUGCGAUAUCUCCAGCAUCGCUCAGAGCACUUCUAAAUGUCGAGCUGAGUGUUGCACCAGCUACAUAUUAUGGGCUUGAG